AUGUGCAUGCCCUCUUUAUUGAGACCUUUCUUCAACACCGAUAUAGGCAAAGAGAAGGGGCAAGAUAUUCAACGAAAGAGAAGAGAGAGAAGACCUCUUUCCAGAGCUUGUGUCAACGGUUGGGGCCACCCCCGGGAUUUUCCGUCAUCAAGAGUUGAGUUCGUUGAAGACCGAUGCGAGGAGAGAGUAAGAGGCGAUAGAGCUCGUACGAUAAGGCUAGCUUCUGCUCUUGCGAGUGGGCGAUCUUUCAUGUACUGUAGUUGUGGUCGUGACCAAGCCAGCAAGUCAAGAGUAAGAUACCAAUCCCCGGUCGUCCUGAGAGUUGGUUGUGAAAAGGCGAGGUUUCUGGCGUUCAGAGAAGUGCUGCUAAACGGGCGAAGCCUUCAGUCCUGUGAGUUUCCGGUUGUUGAGCAAUUCCCUUUCAGUCCUGUCUGUAAAACCAGCGCUGCUAACCGAGAUGUCUCGGAUCAGUAG